CGAGGAGGAAGAGCUACGCGAACGCCGCGAGCUUGGGGGCCCGCGCCGCGCCCGGGGCCGUGCGCUCUCGGGCCACUCGGCCGCAGGGGCCCUGGAGCCGAAACUCCAAAAUUUCCGUACGAAGUAAAUCCAGGAGCUGCUGGCUUGGAACUUGUGGCCCGGGUGAUUACUUAUCUCUGGAUCGCAACGAACGAAAUAAACCAGAACGUCGUUCUUCAAGCCAAGGACCGUUGUCGUCCAUUAGAGCAGUAAUCAAGAGAUCUUCUCGGACUUCUAUUCAGAGCGAACUUCAUCGAGAUAGGAGGCGUCCAGAGAUCACCAUUGUGGCAGCUGAGCCAUUGAGGCCAGCCUCGUGGUUUCCAGGAGCCCCACCCCCAGGAUUAGGGUUUUCCCCAACUUCUGCCAGAGGCCCUUGGAGACCAAAUGAGUUGGUUCCUGCUGAGCUACCACCAUCUUAUGAACAAGUCAUAAAAGAAAUUAACCAAGUUCAAGUUAAUACUACAAAUAAUAAUAAUGCUGCUGCCCCUCCAAGGCACACUAUUACUUCUGCAACUCAGACUGACUUUUCAGAAGGAAUAGACAACGAACUGCCUCAAAGUAAUGCAACACUACAGGCACCUCUCAAGCCUCUCCAGCCUUCCCCAACAGUCUCAUCUGUCAAUCUUCCAACUAAUGUGGCGCCUUUAAUAGUUUUUGAUAUUUCAGAAGAACAGAAUUGUCCAGAAACCCCCCGUGCUACAAGAUGUCCAGUGCCAAAACCAAGAUCAAAAAGCAACCUCAGACCAAUAGCCAGAGAUACUCACAUUGAAGAGCAAAGUCACCAGAAAAUUGGCUCAGCAGCCACAGAAGAGGAGCCAUCCCCAGGCCAGCCCCCGUCGCUGUUAGAUAACACCAUCCACUUACACAGUCAGGCAGUGAUGAACAUUAUGAACACAGAGCAAAGCCAAAAUAGUAUUGUUUCAAGAAUCAAAGCAUUUGAGGGUCAGACAAAAAUAGACAUCUCAGGACUGCCCAAGAAACCAGAAAUUAUUCCGCGUACGCUACCCUCAAGGCCUGCUGUUUCCUCAGGGAAACCCUCUGUGGCUCCCAAACCAACUGCUAACAGAGCUUCUGGAGAAUGGGACUCUUGCCCUGAGAGCAGACUCAGGGUGACCUCCAUGGAAGGAGGUCCAUACCCUCCACUGCAGGAAGUGGGGAACAUCCCAGUAACCAAACCUGAAUUGCCAAAGAAACCAAAUCCUGGCCUUCUACGAAGUGUUAAUCAUGAGAUAACCGGAGGAGGUACCCUGGGAGAGAGCCUUGAUGGUGGGAAGAAAGUCCCAACUCCUGCUCCACGGCCUUUGCUGCCCAAGAAAUCAGUUUCCUCAGAAAAUCCCACCUACCUUCCACUGAAACCUGUCACUGUUCCUCCCCGACUUUCAGUGGCAUCACAAGCCAAAGCAUUCAGGUCACUGGGAGAAGGGCCCCCUGCCAGCCCCCCAGUUCUAGUUCUGCAAAGCAAACCCCCAGAUAUCGACCUCAUUAGCUUUGAUGAUGACGUUUUACCCACUCCACCCGGGAACCUGGCUGAAGAAUCUGUUGGUUCAGAGAUGGUACUAGAUCCCUUUCAGCUCCCCACAAAAGCAGAACCAACAAAAGAAGGAGCAGUUCAACCAGCACCCACCAGGAAGCCUACUGUGAUUCGAAUUCCAGCCAAACCAGGAAAAUGUUUACAGGAGGAUCCACAAAGCCCACCUCCUCUCCCUGCUGAAAAACCCAUUGGAAACACUCACACUGUGGUAUCUGGAAAACUCAGUAAUGUUGACAGAACUAGAAACUUGGAAUCCACCCACGCUGGUCAUGUAGGGAGUGUUAUGCGAGGACCUCCAAGGCUGCCACCAAGACCUGUAAAUGGAAAAACCAUUCCAGCUCAACAGCCUUCUCCCAAGGUGCCCCCUGGGAGACCACCUCCCCCCAGAAUUUCUGCAACCAGAACAUCAAAUAAAAAACUGCCUUUUAAUCGGUCCUCAUCUGACAUGGAUCUUCAGAAAAAAAAAGGUCACUCAGCAUCUGGACUCUCAAAAGCCAAGAGCCAAGUCUUUAAAAAUCAAGAUCCGGUGCUACCCCCUCGCCCCAAACCUGGACACCCUCUGUACAGCAAAUACAUGCUGUCUGUGCCUCAUGGAAUUGCCAAGGAAGAUAUUGUCUCACAAAACCCCGGAGAUCUCUCUUGUAAGCGUGGGGAUGUACUUGUGAUGCUGAAGCAGGCAGAAAAUAAUUACUUGGAAUGCCAAAAGGGAGAAGAUACUGGCAGAGUUCACCUGUCUCAGAUGACGAUUAUUACUCCACUCGAUGAACAUCUUAGGAGCCGACCAAACAAGGAUCCAAGCCGUGGUCAGAAGGCUUUAGACAGCAGCACUCCUCAUGCCGUUGUUCUUCAUGAUUUUCCAGCAGAGCAAGUUGAUGAUUUGAACCUCACUUCUGGAGAAAUUGUUUAUCUUUUGGAAAAGAUAGAUGCAGAUUGGUACAGAGGGAGCUGUAGAAACCAGAUUGGCAUGUUUCCUGCCAACUAUGUCAAAGUAAUUGUUGAUAUUCCAGAAGGAGGAAAUGGGAAAAGAGAAACAGUUCCAUCUCAUUGUGUUAAGAGCCCAAGAUGUGUUGCACGGUUUGAAUAUGUUGGCGACCAAAAGGAUGAGUUAAGUUUCUUAGAGGGAGAAAUUAUCAUUCUCAAAGAGUAUGUGAACGAUGAAUGGGCCAGAGGAGAACUUGGAGACAGAAGUGGGAUAUUCCCCCUUAACUUUGUGGAAAUUAUUGAGGAUUAUCCCAUCUCUGGUGCAAAUGUUUUAAGCACAAAGGUACCAAUGAAAACCAAAAAAGAAGAUUCUGGCUCAAAUUCUCAGGUAGGCUGCUUAGAAAGGUGGCCAGACAGGAGCUCCCCACCAGUGGAGCACAUUGACACAGAGGCAAAGUUAACUGGUGCUGGGGCAGCCAUAGUUGCUGCUAAGCGGCUGGCAUUGGAAGAGGUUUUGACAGCUUGA